CAUUCUUUACUUUUCUUUUAAAUAAAUAAAUAAAAAAAAAAUGACAUUUCCACCUUACAAGUUAGAAUCGACUCUUACAGCUCAUGAACAAGACGUUAGAGCAGUAGCUGCCUUAUCGAAUGAUGUCUUAAUAUCUGCUGCACGCGACAAGACCGUUCGUUCUUGGAAUCGUACAAGCAGUAAUACGUUUUCUCCUGAUAAAGUUUAUCUAGGCCAUGGUCAUUUUGUUAAUGCUUUAACAACCAUCAAACCCAACGAAACUUAUCCCAAUGGUCUUAUCAUUUCUGGUGGUUCCGACAAGUUUAUUAAUGUAUACGAUCCCAAUCAUCCUGAAGAGCCUCGUUAUACAUUGAUUGGUCACACUGAAAAUGUAUCUGCAUUAGCAACUACUCCUUCAGGACACAUUGUAUCCGGCUCAUGGGACAAAAAAGUAAUUGUAUGGAAGGAAUUUCAACAGGCUCAAGUUUUGGAAGGCCAUACUGCUGCUGUAUGGGCUGUUCUUGCUGUAGACGACGACCUGAUUUUGACAGCAUCUGCUGAUAAAACAAUCCGUCUAUGGAAAAAUGGUAAAUUAACUCAUGUUUAUCAAGGCCAUACAGAGGCGGUUAGAGGACUCGCUUUAGUUCCUGGUAUCGGUUUUGUGUCCUGCUCUAAUGACGGUACACUCCGUGUAUGGACUUUGGAGGGAGAAUGCAUCCAGCAAUUAGAUGGACAUACAUCAUUUGUUUACUCAGUAUCUGUUUUAAACUCUGGCGAAUUCGUUUCUUCUGGUGAAGAUCGUACAGUACGUAUCUGGAAAGAUGGUCAAUGUAUACAGACACUUCAGCAACCCUGUAUUUCAGUAUGGGCAGUGGCAGGAUUACCAAACAACGAUAUCGUUGUUGGCGGAAGUGAUGCGGCUGUUCGUGUAUUUACGCGCGAUGCUGAAAGAAUGGCUGAACCCGAAGCCUUAAAACAAUUUGAUGAUUUAUUAGCCAGUCAAGCCAUCCCUUCUAAUCAAUUGGGAGAUAUCAAUAAGGAAAAAUUAGCUGGACCAGAAGCUUUGCAGAAACCUGGUACAAAGGAAGGCCAGGUUAUCAUGAUCAAUAUGGGAACAACAGUGGAAGCUCACCAAUGGAGUGGGGAUAAUUGGCAAAAGAUUGGCGAAGUAGUUGGCUCAAACAACACAAAAAAAACUUAUGAAGGAAAGGAAUAUGACUAUGUUUUUGAUAUCGAUGUAGGAGGCGGCCCUGACGGAAACUUGAAGCUUCCUUAUAACGUUACCCAAAAUCCUUAUGACGCUGCCCAAGCAUUUUUGGUAAAAAAUAAUCUUCCUCAGUCUUAUCAAGAUCAGGUUUCUGAGUUUAUCAUCAAAAAUGCUGAAGGUGUCAACUUGGGUGGUACUUAUCAAGAUCCAUUUACCGGUGGCAACAGAUAUACUCCUGGUUCAAACGCUGGACCAACAAUAGGCGCGACCCCUUACUCAGAUCCUUUCACUGGUAGUGGCUCCUAUAGACCUGGAAGUGCUCCAUCAACUACCACUUCUACCUACUCAGAUCCUUUUACUGGUGGUGGAUCUUACAGACCUGGCAAUUCUCCUGCUGCACCUGCAUCACCUCAACAGCCCAAAGUGUUACCCAUCCGUGGAUACUUGACCUUAAAACAAGCUAACCCUGAUGCCGUUUUAAACAAAAUCCGAUCACUUAAUGAAGACAUGACUGAAUCUAAGCUUACGGGCGAAGAGCUUGAGUACCUAUCCAUGUCUAUUGCAUUUUUAAAAAAUCCUACUAGUGGUACAUCCUUGAACAACGAUGCUGGCUUAUUAGCAGUCAUUAAGAUGGUGACACAAUGGCCCGUAGAUAAACGAUUCCCUGCUUUAGAUUUGAUACGUUUAUUUGCACUUUAUGCUCCAGAAGAGUUAGCCGGUGCUAUUCCUCAAAGAGAUGUUGCUAGUUUUUUGAAAGAGGCAGGUGGAUUGACUCCUGAAGCACCCGUUAACGAAACGAAUGCCAUGUUGGCCUAUCGUGGUUUAGCCAAUCUUUUUAACCAAGAGUCCGGUCGUCAAUUAAUUUGGGAUAGACGUAAUGUUGUUUCUGAUUUGUUACAAGUAGAUGUGUCUGGAAAAUUCAAAGGAAAGAUGGCACGUUUGGCUCAAAGUACAUUGGCAGUCAAGUAAGUAAUUUGCGUAAUCUUUUAAAGAAAGAAGCACCAAAAGCUUAUUUUUUUUUUUUUUUUACUGUUUAGUUUUGCUAUUUUACUCGCAAGUAAGCAGGAGGGAGAAGUAGAGCUUGGAUUUACUGGUUCACUUGUAGAGCUGCUGAAGGACGAACAAGAU